AUGUUCCGAGAAGCAAGUCCCUUACAAGGAUUUAUAUGGAGCAGCGCUAUCAUCGAUCGGCACAAAUCGGUGCCUCCAUCGUUGCAGAAGCGGGAGCGAAGUGAACCAAAAGUGACCUUCGUUGAUAACUCUGACGGUAUCACCACCAAGCUGGAAGUAACAGAAACUGUGGAAGAAAGCACUUUGAAGGGUUUGAUUGAAAAUGAUCAAGAGGAGUGCGAGCAUUUGCAGAAAAAACUCCCACCGAGAAAGAGGGAUUGGGAGCACGUGCGUGACGUGCAUCUGCAGGUUUCCGGUGGAAUAUCUCAAAAGGGAGCAGUGUUCCGAAUGGGCGAACAUCUUUAUGGUUUCGAAACCAUCCGUGAUUUAUCAUUCCAAGCCGCAGAUAACAUUGAUAGAUUUUUUGGUAGAAAACCUCCGGGUGGCCUGCUGUAUCAAUCACCAUACCACUUCCUACACGACUACAUUGAAGAUUAUGGACGAGGGUUCUUCAAGUCCUCAUUGAGUCGGUCAGCCUACGAUCUAUCCGAGUGGAAAAAGCAGCAUUUGGAGACACCAAGCAUAGGCAGCCCUAUGAGCUCAUCCGAAUUCGAUCUUAACAAGAUGGACAUGGUUUCAACGAAGGAAUACCCAGAGAAGGUCAGGCAAGACAACCUCCUUCUUGGACAAGAAUCUCCGUAUCGGGGUCUAACAACUGUAGACUGGGGACCUAAUCGCGCCACUUAUAGCAGAGAUGAUCGCGAUGUUAUGCAUUGGGAGAGCACCUCUGACAGAAUCUCUUAUCCUUCUAAAAGGCCCCUAUCCUCGGCAUCUGUCUUAUCGUCGUCCAUCGGAGCCUCAAGCAUGGUUCAACUACCCUCGUAUGUAUCAAAGAACUACAAUGGCUUGAAUGACCAGAGUCCACUGCGCACUUAUUCGUCUUUGCACUCCGUUAAUAGUCUGAGACCCUCUUCCAAUGUUGAGAAUUUUGAAUGCAAUCAGCAUCUGGUGCGAGACUACCACGACGCUUCCGACGACGGAUCGAUCUUCUUGCUCUCUAGCGCAGACGUAAAGCCGAUUGCGCCAAUGCUUCAGCCGCAAGACAGCAUAAGGAGUAUGACAUCGUCGAGACACUCCACAGCUGAGUAUCUUUCGAUUGAUCGCGAGCCCGACAACCAUGGUGAUUUGCGAUCGCCCAUUAGUCCGUAUUCGGACAGGUACUGGAGCCACCAAAACACCGCUGGCGACAACAUCCGCACUGAUGAACUGCCACAAAAAAGACCACCUGUAACCGACAGCGAGAGCUACUUGGAAAAGGAAACGGCGACCAUCUCAGGCGGAACUUCCGAACAGCGCUACGAU